UCCUCAUUCUAUGUUACUGUGUGCAGGAAGAGAAAUGACUCACAUAGUAAAACAAAAAGAACACUUGGCUUCGUGUUUGAUUAGCACACACAUAUCAUUUUAUAAAAGCCAGAACACGAACUGAGGUCGUUUUUGUCGGCUGUUAGUUUGUAUCACUGUGUUCCCCUCCUGACGGAAGAGCUGUCACGAUGCUCGCGGUUUUGAGAUCUGUGCUUAUCUUGACAAAACCAAUUAUAAAACAGAAAAGGAUUAUGCGUCCCGAUGAUGCCAACAUUGCUGGGAAUGUCCACGGUGGAACUAUUUUGAAGAUGAUAGAAGAAGCUGGAGCGAUUAUUAGUACCCGUCAUUGUAAUAGCCAGUCUGGGGAGAAAUGCGUGGCUGCACUUGCUAGAGUGGAACGCACAGACUUCUUGUCUCCGAUGAGUAUUGGAGAAGUGGGUCAUGUCAGCGCUGAGAUUACCUACACAUCAAAGCAUUCAGUGGAAGUGCAAGUUAAUGUUAUGGCAGAAAACAUUUUAGCAGGUGCCAAGAGACUAACAAACAGAGCAACUCUAUGGUAUGUGCCACUGUCUCUAUUGAAUGUGGACAAAGUCAUUGAAGUUCCUCCUAUUGAGUACGAAAGGCCAGGACUUGAAGAAGCAGGACGAAAGCGAUAUGAGGAUCAAAAACUUGAACGUCUGGAAACUAAGCGUAGAAAUGGAGAAUUUAUUUUACCGGUCAUAAACCCAGAGCAAUAUACCGUUGGAUACAGCCAGUCCAGUCUGAUUCAUUUAGUGGGGCCGUCAGACUGCACUCUACACGGCUUUGUUCAUGGAGGUGUUACCAUGAAGUUAAUGGAUGAAGUUGCUGGCAUUGUUGCUGCGCGUCACUGUAAGACCAACAUAGUCACAGCAUCAGUGGAUGCCAUCAAUUUCCACCGGAAGAUACAAAAAGGUUGCAUUAUUACUAUAUCUGGUCGUAUGACUUUCACGAGCAAUAAGUCUAUGGAGAUUGAAGUAUUUGUGGAUGCAGAUACCUUAGUUGGCGAGUCCCAAGAAAAAUACCGCGCAGUCAGUGCAUUUUUCACCUAUGUAUCUUUAAGCAAAGAAGCAAAACCUCUCCCAGUCCCUCAAAUACUGAUUGAAAGUGAAGAAGAAAAGAAACGCUUUGAAGAGGGAAAAGCACGCUACCUGCAAACAAAAGCAAAGCGACAAGCUCACAUGCAAUCUUUGACGCAGCAAUGAAUGUUUCAUAAAGGGGAUAACGGAAGGAGACAAGGGAAUAAAAAAAAUAUUGCACAGAAAAGACGAGCCUUCAGGAUCACGUUUAACCCCUUAAGGACCAAGCUUCAGGAAUAAAAGGGAAUCAUGACAUGUCACACAUGUCAUGUGUCCUUAAGGGGUUAAAAAAACAGUGUUAUGUAAUGUUAUAUCUUGUUACACUACAGUAUGUUCUUCAUCACAUUCCAUAUCUCCACAUCUACAUUUUAAUUCUCGCUCCAUGUUAAUUUUAAGCAAUGUUAGCUUACACGUUUACCUCUCGGGUAGCGAGUUUUUUCCGUGCACUUUUCAAGUCUCUGGCAUCGAAAUGGUAACAUACAUACACUAACUUACAAAGCAUCGGUUCCCUACUUGUAUUUCAUCUAAAGUGUCUUAAAGCACACUUUUCAUGUAAAUAUAGCACUGAGACAUAAUGCUAGCUGAUGUAAAGAUAACAUUAUUUUUCUAAUUUAAGGGUGCUUUGUAUACCUUUGUACAUUGAGGUAUGAACUACAAACAUGGGGGCCGAAUUGGGUGAGUGUGUGUCAACACAUUUGCUGGUGAUUUCACUGGCUGAAAACUUACAUAUUUAAUGUUAAUUCUCACCUGAAGCCAGCCUUUUUAUCAGCUCAACAUGUUCAUGUUUACAAACAAUCAAAUAUUUUGGAGAGUUUUCUAUUUGAACAAAAUACAGUCUCUCCAAUUAAUGCCCAUCUUAAAGGAACACUAUAAGCACUGAAACCACUCCAUCUUAAUGUAGUGUUUUUGGUUCACACAUGCUGUCCCUUUUUUCAGACAUUGUAAAAUAAUGUUUUAAUUUUUCCAAAAAUCUCUCUUGACUGUCAGACAGAUGGCUACUAGAAGGACUUCAUCCUUAAAGGGAAACUA